AUGACAGAUUUGCUACAUAAGCAAACAUGUGUUUUCGAAGGAGGAGUUCUCCUCGAUUGUGAUAGUCCGGGAAUGGUGGAUGAUGUCGCGGAUAUUCUCAGGAACUUAUAUGACAACGGGCUUCACGAAGCCUCUUGGUUAGUUUCACGACGUGGGGAGGAGGCUCCGAGGGCGAUCAGUCGACAGAAUUCUCUGUUGACCGAAUGCACAACAGUGUCACGGAUGAUUGCCACGCAGCGUGAAAUAUGUAUUAUGUUGGCUGCACCUAUCUUUCGCGACCGAGUGACCAGAAUUGACGUUCCUUCAUCGGCAACCUUCCCAUUCUUGUGUUCGCUCACUCGUACAGGAAGGCGAUCAUUACUUAUACAAGAAAUGCUGCUCAAUACAGGUGCCCCACGUCUUAUUUCACAUGCUCCAGCAGAAGUAUUUUUUCACACAAGAGCUGAUGCCGAUUAUGUAGUUUUACCUUGUUCCGCUGAAGGGAACCCUUCACCUGAGAUUACUUGGUUCAAGAACGACAUCGAUGUG